UUCUUUCUUCUUCUUCUUCUUCUUCGUUGUGUGGUUUGGAUUCAUCGCACAUAUAAAGUAAGGAAAGAGGAAACCGGCGGCCGCGAGGGUUGGAGGCGAGAAGCGAUGAGAACCGUGCUGGUCGAGCUGGAGGAAGUCCUGCGGUCCAAAUCCGAGAGGGAGAAGAUAACGCCGUCAGAGGAGCUGGUCCUCCAGACCUGCAAGUCGAAGUCAAUCCGCGAUUUCACCGUCGGGUUCUUGGUUUCAUCAGCCGCUGUAUGGACUGGAAAAAACAUGAAGUAUGUUGCAAGAUUGUAUAGAAGAUGGAGAGAGAUUUGCUGACAACUAGGAGACUUACACGAGCACUGAGGUUUAACUUGUCCCUAGGUUCUGGCACUUUUUUGGGGAUGUGGGGGUUUGACAGGUCCUUGAGUUCAUGCAUUGACCGAAUGAUGCAGCUUGAAGGAAGCCGGAUCCAGAGAGAGUUGGCAAACAUAAUAUUGGCAAAGCAUGCAAAUGAGGCGUCAAGUGUGAAGCUUGUAAGCAAGCACUUCUUCCCGGAGCAAGUAUUCAGCGACUUGAAUCCAGAUGAGUCUAUUUUUAGGUGGCGAUUACGUAAUCUCUACAUAGAUAGCACUGCUUCUCAGGGGACACAGAGAAUCGAAGACGGUGGCGAUCAUGAUAUCCAGCCAAACCAAUCUACUUUUCAGGGUAGCCACGUUGGAGAUAUGACUGCAUAUCCUUUAGACUGUGUGUUUGGUUACCCUGAUGGUAACAGCGAGAUGAUGCAAUCGGACGACACUGGUGUGCCACCUAGGAGACGGUUGCGUGCCCACAGAAAGGCUAAUCGUCGUCAUCGUACUCGCUGUUCUGAAGAAAGCUCUGAGAGUAACACAAGUUAUGGGCGAUGAUGACAAUUGUGGAGCUAAGCUUCGGUCACAAGGGGAUGUGAUUUUCUGGACCAGGAGCAAUGCCCGUCGUGCCGCUUCGCCGGCUGAAUCAGUUCGUGGUCUCAUGUUCUGGUAUCGACCUCGAACUGAUGCGCCAGAGCUCUAACGCCGGAUAGGUCGUAUCCCUCGCCUUGCCAGUUCGUCGUUUUAACGCUAUUAAAUAUUCGUCCCAGUUAUUUAAGUGCAACUUAAGCUUUUCAUGUUUGUGAUUUCAUUGAAUUUUUUUUACCCAAUACGCUGCAUCGCCCACCAGAACAAAAUAAAGAUGUGCUCGAUGCUCUCUGUUGUUAUGGUCUAACAAUCAAAAGAGAAAUGAUCUGAUGGUGAUUUUUGUGGA